AUGUCACCCAAAACAGGAGAAGUUACAGAAGUUCCAGAGAGAUCUUCACGAGAAUCUUCAUCAUCGUCGGUUAAGGUACCCUUAGUCGGUGUUGUUGAUGAAAAGAAAAUCCCUGGCUUAGUUACUCAGCAGUCUAUUGAUAAUCCACUGAUAAGGGAUAAUGAUAAAAUUAAAGAGAUUAAAGAAAAAGAUGCUGAUAUUACUUUAAAGUUAAUUGACCAAUAUGGAGACUCAGUUACUCCAUUGACCCCACAACAAGAAAAUGCCUUGGUUAAAAAAGUUUAUUGGACUGUUGUUGUCAUGGGUUUCUUGGUAAACUUUACCUUAUUCUUAGAUAAAAAUGCUAUGGGGUAUGCCACAUUAUUGGGCCUUUUCCAAGAUGCAAAUUUAACUCAAGAAAGUUAUAACAAUUUACAAACUUUAUUUUAUGUUGGUUAUUUAAUCUCUCAAGUUCCAAGCCAUAUCUUAUUUCAAAAGAUUAAAAUGUCGUAUUAUAUUACAGGUGUUACGUUUAUUUGGUCUUUCUUGGCCUUAAUUCAAUUGACAGUUAAGGACUUCCUGGGUUUAGCCGCACUUAGAUUCUUGCUUGGAGUCACUGAAGCAGGUGUCACAGCUGCUAUACAACAUACUAUUGCCAUGUUUUUAAAACCUGAUGAGCAUGCGAUUAUUAAUCAAUAUUGGUGGAUCAGUUGUUUAGCAGCUGGUAUUCCGGGAGGGUUGAUUGCUUAUGGUGUACAAUUCGUUCACGGUGUUGCUCCAUGGAAAAUCUAUUGGGCUGUAAUUGGUAUCUUCACAUUCAUUCUUUCUAUUGUCAGCUUCUUUUUUUAUCCUGAUAAUCCUGCUACAUACAGGAUUUUCACUAUUGAAGAAAGAGUUCAUAUUAUUCAAAGAGUUAAAGAAGCCACUAAAUCAUCUAUUGAACAAAAAGUGGUUAAGAAAUAUCAAGUUAUUGAGGCGCUCAGAGAUCCAAUUCUGUGGUUGUUUGCUUUACAUGUUUUCUUUUUAAUGUUUUCUAAUAAUAUUACUUUUCAAGCGGCUAUUAUUUAUCAAGAUUUGGGACUAAGUAAUAUUAAUUCUACUGUGGUUUCUGUGGUUAGUGCUCUUUGGAGUGUGGUCUUAGCUGCUUCUGGAGGAAUAUUGUUGUAUUACUUCAGAUCUCAAUCUGCAAGGGUUGGUGAAUUAUAUUGUUUGAUUAGUUUAUUAGGUGGGAUAUUAGCAGUUGCAUUACCUUGGAAAGAUAAGAUUGGAAUUUUAGCUGGUAUUUUCUUGACUAAUGGUACUGGUAUAACAUAUACAGCUGCUUUGACUUGGUCACAAUCAUCGGCGGCCGGUUAUACUAAGAAAUUGAUGAGAACUGUGUUAUGGUUUAUCUCCUAUAGUGUGAUUAAUUUAUUUGCUCCUCAGUUCUGGAGAAGUAAAGAUAAACCAAGAUAUUAUACAGCUUGGAUUGUAACCAUUAUUGGUGGUUGGGUAUUAGCUCCAAUUGUUUUAGAAAUCAUUAGACAUAUAUUGGUUAAAAGAAACAAGGAGAGAAGAUUGUGGAUCCAAAAAGUUGAAUCUGGAUUAAUUGAAGAUACAAUUGGAUAUGUUGAUGAAAUUGAUGAUGAAGGAAAUUUCAUAAAGAAAAAAGUUGAUAUUUCCUAUUUAGAUUUGACUGAUAUUGAAAAUAAGCAUUUCAUUUAUCCACUUUAG